AUGCGUCUGCUAGUUUUCCUAACGUUAUGUUCUUUCGAGUAUUGCGUUUCGAUUUCCCAAAACGCUGAUUCGCCUUUGGACCCCACCAAAGACGCAUGGACGGUUAUGUCGCAGAAAAAGAAAUUUUACCUCUUGUACCGUUCUAAUGAAAAUGAUACGCUAAUGGGAGGAACAUCAAAGUGCGUUCAAACAAAAUCCUACGAUAUUGACACUGCGCAAAAGACUUUGAAGAACAGAAUACUUUAUAGAGAUGAUAAAACAGGUCAAAUGGAGUCAAAUUCGGUAUUUAUCACUAUCAAGAAAUCUAACGAUACUCUCCCAUAUUAUGACGUCAUAUCAGUUGGCACCCUGGAUACUACAAUUUCAGCGACAAAAGAUUAUCAGCUCCUCUUCACUGACAACAAAACUUGUCACACCGUGAGGAGUGUUGACGACGACCAAUUCCAAGUGUGGAUGACUGAAGGUCACGAUCCGAAGGAUAUAGACCAUGGCUGUGAACAGGCCUACCAAGGCGCCCCAUUAAUCUUCAGUUGCCCAACGCCUAGAGAAAAGUACUAUAUAUACAAUAAAACCAUAUGCAACUAA